AUUCGUGCUUAUGUCCUUUCCUUUUUAAAACUCAUUUUCCUUUCAUCUUUGUUACGUUGCUUUUCUUUUUCUUUUUCAUGGAAGAUAGCAAAACUACAGCCACUGAACCGUCGCCUGCAAUGUCAACACCAGGCCUCAGUACUGCAAAAAACCAUAGUCAUCACCUCAAUCAUCAUCAUCAUCAUCAUUUUGAUUCGAUAUCUCGAAACAAUCAACAUAACACCGGCCUUUCAUUCAAUUCCGUUGUCAUAAUCAUUCUGUCACUUGUCUCAGUCGUCGUCGUUUUUGCAAUCUUUGUAAUUAUAGUAAUGUUUCGUAGACUUAAAUCGGUCGGAAAAGGCGACACUUGCAUCGAAAGUGGUAGCAUAAACAACAGUACCAGGUUCACUGCUCAUACUACUAUGAACUUCGAUUCUAGUCCUGAUGUGAAGGCAAGGUGUCUAUACGGAGGAAGCGUCCGUACAUUUCAGAGUAGAUACAAAGGGGUCCAAGUUUUCACUUACAAGGAUCUCGAACAGGCAACCGAUAACUUCAGCGAGAUGAAUGUGAUCGGUAACGGCCGAUUUGGUGUCGUGUAUAGAGGAGUUCUUGCUGAUGGAACCAUGGCAGCCAUUAAGAGGCUUCACAGAGAUGGAAAGCAAGGGGAGCGUGCUUUCAGGAUGGAGGUGGAUCUACUGAGCCGCUUGAACUGCCCAUACUUGGUGAGGCUACUAGGCUACUGUGCUGACCAGCAACACAGGCUUCUAAUAUAUGAAUUCAUGGUCAAUGGUGCUCUUCAACAGCAUCUUCAUCGUCCCGGUAAUCAACAUAGACCUUUGGAUUGGGGAAAGCGAUUAGUCAUCGCCCUUGAUUGUGCUAGAGCCCUUGAGUUCCUCCAUGAACAUGCUUCCCCUACUGUUAUCCACCGUGACCUUAAGUGCAGCAAUAUAUUACUUGACGAAAACCUCCGAGCCAAGGUCUUCGGUUUCGGAUUGGCGAAAACAGGGUCAGAUAAGAUCGAUGGUCAGGUUUUGACACGCGUGUUGGGAACCACUGGAUAUCUAGCUCCCGAAUAUGCUUCAAAAGGAAAACUUACAACAAAAUCAGAUGUCUACAGCUAUGGUGUGGUGCUUUUACAGCUUUUAACAGGCCGUGUGCCUAUCGACAUCAACAGACCUCCCGGAGAACAUGUGCUUGUUUCGUGGGCACUUCCAAGGUUAACAAAUAGAGAUAAAGUUGAUGAAAUGGUAGAUCCAGCAAUUCAAGGACAGUAUACAAAGAAGGAUUUAAUUCAGGUGGCUGCCAUUGCUGCUGUGUGUGUGCAACCGGAAGCUGAUUAUCGACCUCUAAUGGUGGAUGUAGUGCAGUCAUUGAUCCCUCUGGUUAAAAAUUUCAAUUCCAUUAAUUCCACUGCUUCUUCCAGAUUCCUUUGACAAAUCUCCAUUACCAAGCAUUACUAUCAUUGUAACAAUGUACAAAACAGCCUAAUUUGUGUAUCCUGUUCAAGAAUUAAGUGUUGAAUACGAGCAUGUAUCAGACGUGGGUAUUAUUUAUUUUUUGAG